AUGGAUGACCCUGUUAUCAGGCAGCAGCUCUCCAAAGAACAAUCAGCCAUGCAGCACCCCUUUUUACCGCCUUUUUACCUUACUUUUGAGAUCACCAUUCGGGAUCCUGAAACAUCUGAAGUCCAGAGCUCAUCUGUCAAGACUUGUCCGUUCUCUUCUACAGAACUCAUUAUGUGUUCGACUGAUGGGAGGAUGACUGUGGUGGCCGACUUGUCUCUGGCCAUCCCAUGUGGAGGAGUUGCUGCUAGAACUAACCUAGACAAAUACUGUGGCCCCAAAGAGACAGACGGCACCAGGGCUCUGUUCUCUUUUCUUCUCAACAGCUGUGGAUCCACAGUCAAGCUCGGCAAAGACUAUGUGACUUAUGAAAAUGAGAUUUUCUUCAGCAAGAAGCUGCGAGCUCUAAAGAAUCCAGGAGAUCCCAGCAACAUUAUUGACAGGGUCCCGAUACAGUGUACAUAUCCUGGACUGUUCCGCCUCUUCUCAGUAUACAAGUUUGAGUCUGACAAAGCCGGUUUCGGUCGCAUUGUUCAUUCUGCGCACUCUCCUGAAGGUCUACUGAGUCCCACCAUGGAGCCCACUGUUUCAAACUCCAGUGAACACUACCAGACGCUCCAGAAGACCUGUGUCAAUGAGACCUGGGUACCAGCCUCCUGCUAAAUACAACAAGGUAUCCAGCUUUCUGAAGAAUCUUCCUAAGAAGAAAGCAACUCUGCAAUCCAAAAAUAAAUCCGACAAUGUAUUAAGGGAUUAUGU